AUGGACAUUCCCACUGAUACUGUCAAAGAAUGCACGAGGCAUACCAAAGCUUACAAGAUUCCGGGUAUUGAUGUUUCGGGGUUGAUUGGUUUGAGUUCUCGGUUGGAAGGGGAGGUUCUCCGUGAUUUCAAUCAUGAUUAUGGCAAUUUGCUCUCCAUCCUCAAUACAUCUUUCGAUCCAAUGGCUUUGAUCACCCUGUUUCAGUUCUAUGAUCCGCGCUUGAGAUGUUUUACAUUUCAGGACUAUCAAUUGGUUCCAACACUCGAGGAGUUUUCUUACAUACUCAACAUCCGAAUCACUGAUGAUGUACCUUUUGUUCGGGUUCCCGAGGUUGUGAGUUUUGAAAAGAUAGCGGAAGCUCUUCACAUGGGUAUAAAGGAGGUGAAAAUAAAUUGGAAGUCAUCGGGCGGUGUCUCCGGUUUCUAUCUUUGCUUUUUGAUCAGUAGGGCUGAGGAGGCGGCUAAGAAAGAGCAUUGGGUUGAUUUUAGUCGUUUGCUUGCUAUCAUGAUCUAUGGUAUUGUCUUAUUCCCAUCAAGAGAAAACUUUGUGAGUUUGGCGGCGAUUUGUGUCUUUAUGAACAAAAACCCCGUGCCAACGUUGCUUGCAGAUGCUUAUUUUUCGAUCCAUGAGAGAAGUAAGAAAGGAGGAUAUGUUGUUGGUUCUUGUCUUCCAUUGUUGUAUCAGUGGUUCAUGUUGCAUUUGCCGGUAAGAGGACCUUUUGUGCUCAAGAAGAGUUCUCUUAAGUGGUCAGAUAGGAUUGUUAACCUCACAUCUUAUGACAUCAGGUGGAACUAUUGUGUGGGGAAGAUUUGGAACAUCAUCACUAGCUGCGGUCAAUAUCCCAAUGUUCCUCUCAUGGGAACUAGAGGUUGCAUUAGUUAUAAUCCCACGCUCGCCUAUCGUCAAUUGGGGUAUGCAAUGGAAAGGGCUCAGGAUGAUGUAGAGGCGUUUGAAUCUGUGUACUUUGCUGAUGGUAAAGAUCCUUCGGAGCUAGAAAAGAUAGCAUAUGCCUGGACUAAAGUUCACAAGAGAGAUCAGACUACUUUGAGCAAGAAGGUUCCUAUUGCUAUGGGUCCUUACAAGAAAUGGGUUGAGGAGCAACCUCCCGUGGUUUUAUCUGAUACAGUUGCGGCUGAACUCUAUAUUCAAACCGAAGCAGACAACAUCAAACUAAAAGCAAAGGACAAUGAGGUUGGCUUGGAGAGGUAUUUUCAAGAUUGUGAAAAGGCGGAAUUGGCUCGUAAGCUCAAGCAGGCGCAAGGUGAAGGUUCAAACUUGACACAUGCUCAAAGGCGAUCUCAUGACUUGAUGGGAGAAAGUUUGUACCGAAAACAACAAGAAUGUGCGAAGUUGCGAAGGUCCGAAAGCAAUAGCAAGAGAAGGAUGCAGGAUUCAGAAAAACAAUUGAUGGAAGAAAAAGCCAAGUCUGCUCGACUUGAAGAAGAAUUAACAAGACUCCGAGCCCAACGAAGAGGAAAUGGAGGAGCUCAUCCUAUUACCAGGCGAUCCUAG